UGUGACGGAGCUGUAAGUGCAGUCUCCAACGCGCCAGCUGCCUUUAGCGGGAUCAGGAGCAGCCCCGUGUGGAGCGCAGGGCCUGCGGGACUGUGCUGCCUGCAGGGGUCAGCGCUCGCUGGCGCAGCCCUGUGUGGAGCGCGGAGCCCCCUCAGCGCAGGGCCUGUGGGAUUCUGCUGUGGGAUUGUCCGGUGGGACUGUGCUGUGGGACUGUCCUGUGGGACUGUGCUGCCUGCAGGGGUCAGCGCUCGCUGGAGCAGCCCUGUGUGGAGCGCAGAGCCCCCUCAGCGCAGGGCCUGUGGGAUUGUCCUGUGGGGAUUGUCCUAUGGGACUGUCCUGUGGGACUGUGCUGCCUGCAGGGGUCAGCGCUCGCUGGAGCAGCCGCGGCCGCGCCGCUCGUCCGGGAACAAGGUCCCCGCGGCCAAGGUCCCCUCACACGGCUCGGAGCCGCGGCCCAGGCAGGAGCAGCGGCCGGACGGCUCCGCGGGAGACGCCCGAGACCAGGUACAACAUCUUGGCCAGCCUACCAGAACCACUCCUCGCUGUGCCAACACCUCCAUCAGGCAUCCACUGACGGGUGCCAGUGCCAGAGGAGCCAGUCCCUUUGCGGAGCAGCACAGGCUCCAGGAUGGCUCUGCUGGAGACCAGCAAGUCCUGGCAGGGCUCAGCGCCCGGCAGCGUGAACCCCGACCUCGCCAGCGAGAGGCAAACAGCCUCCUUCAGCGUGGAGAGGCUGACAGCGCUGCUGGACGGCGGCGCAGAGCAGACGCGGAUACGGAGGGCAGUGGUGGAUGCUAUCGAAUCUGACCCUGUAUUUAGCAGAGAAAAUCAGUAUUUCCAGACCCAGAAUGAGAGGUAUGAAGCAGCAGUCAGGAAGGCUGUUCAUCUCCAGAAAAAGAUGCAUGAGAUGGGAUGGACUGAGAAUGGACCUGAAUAUAAGUACAUUUACAGGGCACUGUCAGGAGACGUCGCGUUCCUCCUGCACCGCGUCUUCAUGAGGAGUAUUUCAGUGCUUGGCUCUGACAAACAAAUUGCCAAGUGGAUUCCUCUCGCCACCCAGCACAAACUCAUUGGAAGCUAUGCACAGACUGAACUGGGACAUGGCACUUAUCUUCAGGGUUUGGAAACGACAGCAGUCUUUGACACUGCUACUCAGGAAUUUAUACUGAACACACCAAAGAUCUCUGCCAUGAAGUGGUGGCCUGGAGACAUGGGAAGAUCAGCAACCCACACAGUGGUCUUUGCUCAGCUGUACAUCCAUGGAAAGUGCUAUGGCAUCCAUCCCUUCAUCGUGCAGAUACGCAGCCUUCAGGACCAUUCCCUCUGCCCAGGCGUAACUGCAGGAGACAUUGGUCCCAAAAUGAAUUUUGAGCACAUUGACAAUGGCUACCUCCUGCUGAAGAAUGUGCGUGUCCCCAGGGAGAACAUGCUGAGCAAGUUUUGUGAGGUUCGACCAGAUGGCACCUAUGUGAGACAGGGGUCACAGAAGAUCAAUUAUUUCACAAUGACGACCGUGCGCAUUUCACUCAUUUCAGACGAGGUUCUCACACCCCUCAUGAAGGCUUGCACCAUCGCCAUCCGCUACUCGGUGGUUCGUCGCCAGUCCAAGUUAAAGCCUGGGGAACAAGAAGCGAAAAUCCUUGACUACCAGACUCAGCAAGAGAAACUGCUGCCCCAGCUGGCAGCAGCCUAUGCCUUUUAUUUCACCAACGACUACCUGCAGGAGCUAUUCAACAGGGGAUACAGAGAGAUCCAGAGGAAGAACUUUGACAUGCUGCCAGAGCUCCAUGCAUUAUCUUCAGGUUUUAAAGCUGUGAUCACUCAGCAUUGCACUGCAGGAGUGGAGAUCUGUCUCCGGGCCUGUGGGGGCCAUGGCUACUCCCUGCUGAGUGGACUGCCUUCCUUGUAUACCAAAAUACUUGCCUCUUGUAUUUAUGAAGGGGAAAACACCAUUUUGCUCCUGCAAACUGCCAGGUUCCUGAUUAAGUGUUUCAUGGCAGCCAGUGCUGGCCAGCCUGUGCCACCAUCUGUCACUUACCUGGCUGCAGUGAAACACGGGAAGUGUUCAGCCAAGAACAAGUUGGAUUUUCUCAGUCCAGAUAUUUACAUUGAGGCCUAUCAACACGUGGCAGUCAGGCUCACAAGCAACACAGCAGCAAAACUACAGGACUUGAUUCAGUCUGGAGUCAAAAAGCACGAUGCAUGGAACCAGUGCACAGUGCAGCUGGUGCAGGCUGCAAAGGCUCACUGCCACUACAUUGCAGUGAAAAACUUUGCAGAAACUGUGGAAAAACUCGAGACCAAGGCUGGCAUCCAGAAGAUUAUGAAACAUCUCUGUGACCUCUUUGCACUGCAUGGGAUCUUCUCAAAUACAGGAGCCUUCUUGCAUGAUGGAUACACGUCUGCAGCUCAGAUGGACAUGGUCACAGCAUCCUACCUGGACCUCCUGGCUGUCAUUCGGAAGGAUGCUGUGCCACUGGUGGACGCUUUUGACUUCACGGACAAGAGCCUGAACUCUGCGCUCGGCAGCUACGACGGGCACGUUUACCAGCGGCUCUACGAGUGGGCUCAGAGGUCACCCACCAACCAGAUGAGCCCAGCCUACGAGAGGUAUUUGAAGCCACUUCUGCACAACACGCUAUCGAAAUUAUGAAGACCAUGUUCCAAGUGAAGGGCACACAUUUCCUCCUGUUCUUUGUGCAGCAGUACAUUUAUGAAGCAUCAGUAAUGACUAAUCAAAAUUAAUAAUCAUUUUGCUUAUUUGCAGUUACAGCAAGUAUGAAAGAUUCUCAGCCAGCCAUUUGCAAUUAGACAGAUGCCAACAGCGCAGAGUGGUACCUGCUGCUGUGAGACAGUCUAGUCAGAAAUGGUCCAGGGUUCACCGUUUUCUAUCCUGAAGUGUCUUGACAGCAUCAAAACUCUCAUUUGGCUUUCUUAUUCACUUUCUAAAUCCACUAUGUGAUUGAGAAAAAAAACCCAAAAAAACCCACCACCAAACUGUGAACCCUCUCUCAGUGUAUUGUAACUACAUAGUGCCUUCAAAAAACCCCAAACAACCAAACUUUACUCAAAAAUCCAUGGUGAAAUAAUGAUCCUUUGUUUUUAGGAAAAAGUUGUUCUCUUCGAUCAGAAGGUAUAUUAGAAAGUGCAUCUGUUUUGACAAUUUAAAAUAGCUGUUGAUUUGCUCAGUAUUGGAAUAUUCCUGCCUAAUGAAGAUGCAGACAAAGCUGAUACCAGUUCCAGUCUGCAGAAUUUACCUUCCCAUUAAUAGAGCUGCUCAUACUGUCUUUCUAUAAAUCUUGAGCUCCAAUAAAGUGAAUUAUUUGGAA